UGAGGAAGGGGACAGGGGGAGGAGAGGAGGGAUGGAAGGAGGAGGAGGAGGAGGAAACAGCUGGGAGCAGCAGUACAGGUUUAACUCGCUCAACAUUUCACACUGACUCAGGACUCACGAUGGCAGAACUGUGAAGAGUUCUUUAUUUUGCCUCACUGUGAAGUGAGGACUCUGAGGAUUGAAGACCACCAGAAAAACAAACUGCCACAAAUUCAUAAAAUGGAUCCCAAAUGUCAAACGCAACCUUUCCAGAGGCAGCCUUCAGUCACGGACAAUCCACUGCCUCUCAGAGAUGAUAUUGAGCCUAUUUAUGAAGACACUGUGGAACAUAUUUAUGAGAUGAACUUCCCUGGUUUUGUGAGACCUCAUGAACCUCAAACCAAUCCUCCAGAGUCAGGACGUCCUGGGAAUCUCAACUCCCACAAUGGAAAUCUUUAUCCAACACCAACAGUCGGUUUGAGGCGUCACAGUGCACCGAUUUUACCAACCCGUGUACCCCCUCCUCUUCCUCCCAGGCCAGAGAAAAUGCAGAACAAGACUGUUUCGAAGUUACUUCGUUCCGCCACAGACGUUAAGGAAUAUGAUCCAUGGUCCAUUACCCUCAUAGACUCUCCAGAGGGAAGCACCAAAGAUCUGGCUUCCUUUUGUGCUUCAACUUCAAGGCUGAUGUCACAGUACAAAUACACAGACAAAGUCUACAAUUCAGGUGUCGUAUUUUGUCAACUGUUACACAUCCACCCGGCCCUGCUGCAGCAGGUGGAGGUGACAGUCUGCAUCUCCAGUGAGCAAAAUAAUCACCAGGUUCCCCUUCCUACCCCAGUCAACAGGAUGGUAAAAGAUCUAAUCGCUCAGUACUGUCAGCUGCUGGACAUCCCAAACGAAGAAUAUGUUUUAAAAAUGUGUGACACUGAAGAGUUUCUCCAAAAUGACGAGCUGCUUGGAUUGCACAAGACAGUUCAGAUCUAUUACAAGCUAAAAAUGGUGAUCAAUCUUCGACUUUUCCAUAUAAACAACCUGGACCGUCAUCUGGCCCGAAACGCUGAAGAUGAUAUAACUGCAUGUCAACCAAAACAUUUUCUGUGUCCUGUCAUUGUCUACACUACGUCCAAGCUGAGCAUGAUGGAUGUCCUCGCUACUUACAACAGACACAUAGAAAAUCUCAUGAGAACUAAGUCGGGGGUGAACGCCAGUCAGGUUGUGGACACUGUUCGCACCAUCAGCAAUCUUCUGUCAGGACUUUCGUGUCAAGAAUUAGAAGAUGCCAUUGGUGGAGUCAACAGAAUCCCACGAACAGCUCUGAGUUAUGAUGAAAUGUCUGAUUUUGAAACUGCUUUGAUCAUGCUCAACGGGGCGCUGCAGAAAGUACUGCAAAUAUAUUUUGACAAUUUCCCGUCCAACUUCAGAUCCCCGAGAAUUAUUGGCAGCCCCGAAGUCUACGACAUUGACAGCAACUCAGACAUCUUGCAGUUUAAUAUCGCAUCCAUCUACAAGCUGAUGCCCUCUUGGCUGAGUUAUGAGAGCUUUUCUCUUACCUGUGACUUGACACAUGGAGAAAAAAAGAUCUGUGACACCGGGAUUUCUGAGAAUAUCAGCACAGCCUUGUCGCACGCCAACAAGAUUUACUGCAACCGCUUAAUGGUGUUUCCUGUUCCAGUCAAUCAGCUACCGUAUGAAUGCAUGAUGACAAUUCACCUCAAAGGCACAAAGCGGGGCAAAACCCCAGAGAUUUUAGGCUGGGCUGUGCUGCCUCUGUACAACAACAGGACUCUUGUAAGAGGAACUGUUCUGCUCAGCCUUUCCACUCUCGCUGAACUCUCUUUUCCUCCCUCUCCUGCCCUGUCUGACCUCCACAAACAGCCCAUAGGAGUCAUCCUGCAGCUCGAGUUUAACGACGAGAGUGAGUGGGAAUAUCGCAGACCUGUGGCUCUUCCCGGCUCAAUCAAAUUCUCCCAGCCGUGUCAGGAAGUGCAACAGAAAAUGUUGGCUAUUUCCAAAAAGCAUUGUCCCUGCUUUUUAUCAGACAAUGAGAAGUCGUUCCUGUGGAGUAAACAUUACUGCAGUGACCAAUCGAGCACCUUCCUCCACCUCCUGCUUGCUGGUGUCCCCCAGUGGCAGCCUCAAGACCUGACAGUAAUCUACACCAUUGUAGACAACUGGCUCAUCCAUCUACCUGAGGAGGCACUUUUCCUGCUUACUGCUAGUUUUCCUGAUGAGAUUGUUCGGCUGGCCGCAGUGCAGUACUUCCAACAAAUUUCAGAUGCAGAACUGGAGAUGUACCUGCCUCAGCUGGUCCAGGCGCUGAAGAAUGAGUGGAAACUGGAUGGACCUCUGGUGAUGCUCCUGUUGGACAGAUCUGUGAAAAACAUAAGGAUAGCCCAACAGUUUUACUGGCUUCUGGAAGACGCCCGCCUUGAUACUCACUUCCAGGGCUGGUAUAAUAAAAUCCAGGCCACCCUGUUGCACUGUUGUGGCCGAGCGCUGAAGGAGGAGCUUAAGCAUGAAACCCGACUGGUAGAAGUGCUUGUACAAGUGGCUAUAAAGGUUCACAGUGCUGAAAAGUCUCGUCGUAAGAAUGUUUUGACCCAAGAGAGGUGGACAAUUAAUGAUUUUUUUAAAGGUGGAACCAGCUGUUCUCUACCAUUGGAUGUUGCAGUCAGUGUAAAGGGAAUAGACAUUGACGCCUGUAAAUUCUACAACUCCAAUGCUGCUCCUCUGGGUGUCACAUUUAUCUGUAAAGAUUCUCAGGCUAAGAACGUUGGUGUCAUCUGCAAGACAGGAGAUAACCUGCGUCAGGACAUGCUGGUUCUUCAGAUUGUUCGAGUGAUGGACAUGGUGUGGCUCCAAGAGGGGUUGGACCUGCAGAUGAUCACCUACAGGUGUUUAUCAACAGGCAAUAACCAGGGCUUGGUGGAAAUUGUGCCCGAGUCUGUGACCCUGGGAAAAAUUCAUCAGGAGUUUGGCCUGAGUGGGACACUUCGAGAAGACACGCUGGAGAAAUGGUUCCACGAGAGGAACAAAACUAAGGAGCAGUACGAAAAGGCUGUGACGAACUUCAUCCACUCGUGUGCAGGGUGGUGUGUAGCCACCUUCAUCCUGGGGAUCUGUGACCGCCACAACGACAACAUCAUGUUGAAACAAACUGGACACAUGUUCCACAUCGACUUUGGCAAAAUCAUGGGCAACGCGCAGAUGUUUGCAGGCUUUAAAAGGGACCGACCACCCUUUGUUUUCACAUCUGAGAUGAAGCACUUCAUCACAGGCGGGGGGAAGAAGCCCCAGCGUUUGCACGGCUUCGUGGAGCUCUGCUGUGAAGCUUACAACAUAAUCAGAAGGCGUUCUGCUCUGAUACUGAGCCUGCUGGAGCUGAUGCUUUGUGCAGGAAUGCCAGAACUGAAGGACUCUAAUGAUCUGCAGUACGUCCAAAACAACCUCCGACCUCUCGACACAGACCUGGAAGCCACUUCCUACUUUACAAAGAAAAUCAAGGAGAGCAUGGGCUGCGUUGCAGUCAAGUUUAACUUCUUCGCACACACCAUGGCUCAAGGGAAAAAACAAGAGCCACAAGCUCCAGACAUCAACCCCGCUCCGAGAACCAACAUCCAGAAGGCUGUCAUUCAGGCAUACUCUGGGAAGGGAAAAUAUGUGACCUAUAAGCUGGUAAUAACCAUCGACGAUGGUUUGUUGUCAACUGAUUUCACAUUCAGCCAGUUUGAACUUAUUCACAAGAAGUUGCAGAAAAUCUUUAACAAGCUCCCACAUUUUCCUAGCUGGUAUCAGAUGUCAUUCACCCCAGAACAGAGGAAGCACGACCUGAAUAAAUACCUUAAAGAGCUUUUUGAAGGGCCGUGCAAAGGGGAUGAAUAUGUGUGCAGCUUGUUUCUGGAUGGCCCCAAAAUGAACGACUCUGUUGAUACAGGGGUCAUUCCUAAAAUCCAGCUACACAUUUCAUAUUCCAACUGCAAGCUCUCUGUGUUGAUAAAACACCUGCAGAACAUUAAGCAGUCAAAUGGUUCGAACCCUGAUCCCUACGUUAUCACACGUCUGAGACCCGACCCUCUGCAGAACUCGAAGAGGAAGACAAAAGUGGUCCGCAACAAUGACAACCCCAUCUUCAAUGAGCUGCUGGAGUACAAAAAUAUCCCGCUGUUGCAAGGGAUGGUGUUACUGGUGACGGUGAAGAGCAAGAAAAGACAGAAGACGUUUAUUGGAGCGACAAGCAUUAAACUGGAGGAGGAACUGCUGGACACAGAGAUUUGGUUUCCUUUGGGAAACUGUGUAAUCUGACCCCCGAGAGCUGCGUUUGGAGGCCUGCUGCCAGCAGGGGGCGCCAACACAUCAUCCCUGGGUUUUUAGUUAAUUUCUCUCAUCAAACCUUUUAAGGGUGACAAAUACAAGACUCUGUACAAAACAAAAACACAUAUACUGUGUAGCUGUGAGUUUUGUCUGGAUCAAUUUGUAAAGUUUGGAAAAAAAUCCACA